CUACUAGCACGUCAUAAUUCAUAAGAGCUAAUAACAAAUCUAGUCGCAAAUCAGAAAGAUGCGUAAUCAUAUAAAGACUUAAUCCACUCUUAUUGUAUUUAUGUUUGCCUAGUACAUUAUAUCAUAAUUGCCCCUGAUAACAGAUGAUAUAUUCAAAAAGUAUUUUAUUUACUAGCCAGUUCGAAUCCCAGAUCUGAGUUGAAAAGGUCUGGGUCUGAAAAAAGAUCUGAUUUAUUCGUUUUUUUUUUUAACGUGUGUUUGGUUUAUAUUAAAAAAAUCAAAAUGGGUUUGUUGUAUCAAUUCCUUGGAACGCUGAUCAUCAGCACAAUGGGCAUAAAUAUGGGCGUUAUCUUCGCCUGGCCAGCUUUCACCAUCACUCUCUUCCAAACACCAAACACAACGCUAGACAGACCAAUGACAGACACAGAGAUAUCCCUGUUUGGCAGUCUGUCCUCCAUUGGAGCUCUUAUUUCUACGCCUUUUGCUGGAUAUAUGCUGGAGACGUUGGGCAGAAGAAACUGUUCUGUUAUGAAUUCUUUGGGAUUAGUCCUGGUCUGGGUGCUGCUAGUCUGCACAAGGAACGUAGUAACAGUCUUAGUAUCAGUAUUCCUCUCAGGGAUCGCCAGUUCAGUCUUCCUCGUAGGUUCAGUCUACAUCAGUGAGAUCUGCCAAGAAUCCAUCCGAGGAGGCAUGACGGCAUGCAACAUGGUCUCCUAUGGUAUAGGAAUGCUGCUUUCCUAUCUGCUAGGAGGCUUCCUCUCUUAUGACGUCAUGUUGUAUGUUGGAAUGUCCAUGUCCAUUGCUGGAACUUGCUGCUUAUUUAUGUUGAAGGAAACUCCUAUUCAUCUGUUGAAUAAAGGGAAAGAAAAGGAAGCAGCACAAUCUCUAGCGUUCUACAGAAUGUGGAAGUUGAACUCCAAAGAGCUUCAAGAUGAAAUAAAUAACAUGAAACGAGCCCUCAACCCAGAUCUUGGAGAUGAGACACCCGAAGCAGAAAAACUACAGGGUGAUAUUAAACCCGCUCCUGCUGAAAAGUUAUCACUAUGGAAGUUCAUAAAAAAAUCAAAAUCCACGCAACGGUCUUUCCUGGUGAAUAUGGUGGUGAUGACUGCGGCCAUUUUCCAAGGUCUGGUUGUAGUCCAGAUUUACGCGGAGCCCAUAUUCAGUGAAGCGGUACCGAAUGCCUCCGCAACUCUUUGCAGUGUAAUGCUAGCAGUGACCAAUGUUUUGGCGGGAAUGGUUGCUGCCUACGCUACCGAUUCACUUGGAAGACGGCCUCUCAUGAUCUACGCCUCCCUAGGCAGUGGAAUAAGCUGUGUGGUCCUAGGAACUCUUAUGCAGUUCCACUGGGGACCAAACUGGUUGACAGCUGCCUUCAUAUAUACUUUUGCUGUGAUGUACACUUGCGGAGCUGGUACUGUACCAUUUGUGCUGUUGGCUGAAACAUUUUUGCCUGAGGUCAAAAGUUUCUUCUCGAUGGUGUUAGUCGAAUACGUCUGGCUUUGCAACUUCGUGAUUCUCUUCAUCUUCAACCCUCUCCUCAAGGCCCUGGGCUGGGGUCCCGUCUUCUACAUAUUUGCCGCUAUAUGCUUCAUAAGCUCGUCCUUCUGUGUCUUCUUCUUGCCCGAAACCAAAGGGCUGACUGUAGAAGAAAUCCAGGCAAAGUUUACGUCGAAAAGAAAAGUUCCAAAAUUGUAUUAGCUGUUAUUAUUUAGUUUUAAUAAAUUAUUUUUUAGUUUUAAUUAUGUUAGUUUUUGUGUUUUAUUUGGAAUCU